GACUUUACGUUGAAUAAGAUUGUAAAAUAAUUUAACCAUUGGAGCUUUUGUCGAGCAGGUAGUGUGCAGUCGGGAAUCAUAUAAUCAUGCAAAGCGGGAAAAAAGCAUCCAAAAAGCUUGUUGAUGCCUCAAAGCCACCUAAGUCUGUUCCUCAAGAACAAGAAUGCUAUGAAGGUGAACGUCUCGCUCGUUUACUUAAAUUGAUUCAAAGGGAGAUAGAGUGUGCAAGAAUCUUGGAUGGAGAAACUUUACCGGAAAAAAUAUGGUUCAAGGUUUUUAAAACGCUACCGUUUCGUUUCCUUUAUUUUUUAUAUUAUUGUGCAGUCGGGAAUCAUAUAAUCAUGCAAAGCGGGAAAAAAGCAUCCAAAAAGCUUGUUGAUGCCUCAAAGCCACCUAAGUCUGUUCCUCAAGAACAAGAAUGCUAUGAAGGUGAACGUCUCGCUCGUUUACUUAAAUUGAUUCAAAGGGAGAUAGAGUGUGCAAGAAUCUUGGAUGGAGAAACUUUACCGGAAAAAAUAUGGUUCAAGCAAAAAUUCUCGAUUGGGGUGAAUGAAGUGAGUAGAGUGCUGGAGCGGAUGGUACCUAUUGCCGAGAUGGGAAUCUCUCUCCACCAGCCUAAUGUAUUUUGCAGUAAACGUCAAGCGCCAGUUGUUGAGCUUCAGGUAAUAUUAGUUGCUGCUGAUUGCAACCCUCGAUGGCUAACAAAGCAUCUGCCGACCUUGGCCUUAUCUAGGAAGGUUCCUGUGAUCUUUGUCAAAGAUAAAAAAGGUGGAUCUCUAAGAUUAGGUGAGCUUGUCAAGCUAAAAACGGCAAUUGCCAUUGGGAUAAAGGCUAAAGGGAAUUCCGUCAAUCAAAUUGUCGAGAAAAUUCUUCAAGGCAGUGAAAUAGAUCUUGAAAGCCAGUGCCUAAAGUUGUCUGAGAUGGCUACUGCAUCCUGUUAAUAAUCUGAAGAUUAUAUGCGCUGAAGUAGUAGGGGAAAAUGACUGGAUCAAAACAAGGAGUGAUCUAACAUGGCAAAGGUAGACAUAGACUUAUGAUCUAGGGGAGCUUAAGAUGUGGAAGAAGAAGGAGCUAUCUAGCUUUUUACAUGUUUCUAGGAGUUGGAGACCUAGGAGGGCCUGCUCCAAUUAUGUGAAAGCUUUUUGGGUACUAUCAUAAUAACCGGAAACGCCAUUGACGUAUGAAGCCAUAGCUCUUUCGUGAAAG